AUGUCAGAAUCGAGCCCGUCCGGAGGUAGUAACAGAACCUCCACAAGCCCGUCCGCGCCGAUCGAUCUCCUCACUCGAGCACCUAUCAAGCGAGCAAGACCGCAGCUCAGUUGCACGCCCUGUCGCCAGGGAAAGCUCAAAUGCAACCGCGAACACCCCGUCUGCGACCAGUGUGCGAAGCGAUCGCGCCACGAAGCAUGCCAAUAUGUGCCACCUCCGCCGAGGAACAAACAAGCCCAGAACAUGCGCGGUAGGAUCAGGAACUUGGAAAGCUUGGUGGUCAACUUGAUAAACCAGAAGUCGCAGGAGACAGGCACCAAUGGCACGGUCAAUGCGGAAUCGAAUGGCACCACCAAAGAGGCUGAAGAGCCCAACCCGGAGACGUUUGGUGAGCUUCGCAUCAGUAAUUCCGGGAAUGAGACGAACUAUGUAGGAGCUGGGCACUGGUCCUCCCUAUUGAAAGAAAUUGAGGAUGUGAAGAACGACCUCGAGGAAGAAGAUGAUGAUGAACCUCAGGAAGAAGAGUGGAACGAUGCCAACGCUCGAUCCACCGUGACAUUUGGCAUGCCCAGACGCAUCACCAAAGCGGAACUUAUAGCGGAGAUGCCUCCAAAGGAUGAGGUCGAUCGACUCCUUCCCCUUUGGUUCAACAGUGCCGAUCCUCUCCUAUACGUCAUACACGCGCCGACCUUCCAAGAAGAAUAUAAGGAGUACUGGAAAGGUCCUUCAUCGACUCCAGUCAUGUGGAUCGCGCUCCUGUACAGUGCAAUGGCACUGGGCAUCAUCCUCGGCCCGCGGAACCCAGGCAUGAACGCCCACGCAGCUGCUUACGACCGCUCAUCGGGAUCACCAUUCGAUCCAAACGACCAGAAUGACUACCUGUCCAGCUGCGUCAACAGGUUUCAACAUCUCGCUUCUUCCGCUUUAGUGUUAGCGGAUAUCACGAAGUCUCAGCCAUACACACUCGAGACCCUGAUGAUCUACGGAGAGUGCGAAUUCUUGCGGAGAGAUGAUCAUCAUGCAAAGAUCUGGCUGAUGAACGGAGUUGCCCUACGUGUCGCCAUGCGGAUGGGAUACCAUAGAGAUCCGAGCAACUUCCAUGGCAUGUCUCCGUUCCAGGGAGAAAUGCGUCGGAGGGUGUGGCACGUCAUUAAUAUGAUGGAUACCUUGAUUUCCUUCGCUAUCGGGCUACCCGCCGUUGUCCGCCGCAUUGAAAACGAUGUCCGAGCGCCGCAAAACCUGUUAGACUGCGACAUAUCUCCCGACAUGACCGAGCUACCGAAGGAGCGCCCGGUGUCGGAAAUAACCCCAGCUACAUACACGAUUGCCAAAUCUAGAGUCUGCGCUGUAUUCGCAGAGGCCGCGGAAUUGGCCCAAAAGAUUACACCGCCCCGUUAUUCGACCAUCACAGCGUUGGAAAAGCGCCUAGACGAGGCCCACAAUCAAAUUCCCGAAGGAAUGCGAGUCCGGCCAAUGGAGGAUUGCAUUACCGAUCCUCCAGUCCUGAUCAUGAGCAGAUUCAAUAUCGAGCUCCUGUAUCUGAAGACGAGAGUCGUCUUGCAUCGUCAUUAUUUGACUGCUGGGCAGUCUGACGCCAGAUUCGUGGAGUCCCGAAAGAGCUGCGUGGAUUCUGCUCUGGAAAUCCUCAAGUAUCACAAGAUCAUUUUCCACGCCUGCCAACCAGGCGGGCAGCUGAGCAAAGUCUGGUGGUACAUGUCCUCGCUUCAGACCUACGACUAUCUCCUUGCAGCCAUGAUCCUAUGUCUCGAGAUGCAUCAUCUCAAAAUGGUUGGCGACCCUUCUGGGAGGAUCACUGAAUUGUUCGGAGUUCUUGAAGACACAUACGGCAUUUGGGCUAAUCACCCAAACCGCUUUCGAGAGUCAGUCAGGGGAGCUGGAAUCCUCAGAUCCAUGCUGCAGAAAUUUCCCAGCGCAGCGGAGUCACAGAAAAUUCAGCAAGACCCAGUACCGAACGGCUACGAGACUAAUAUUGGUAAUGUCCCUAAAGAGCUGACACCAGAGUCAGUCCCAGAAGAGCUCCCACCGCAAAUCUGGGGCGCUUGGCCGCCUCAACCUGAGGUUCCUGCAAUUGACAUGCCUGACAUUCCGUCUGACAUUGAUUGGACGCUUUGGGAUUCUACGAUGCAAAAUCAGAAUCACAUGUUGCCGCCGACAACCUGGGCAGCGAGUAAUUCCACAAUGGAGGACUGGAUCGGGGCGACCUCUAAUGUCGACAGCAUGCUCGCUAGCGGCUUUGACGGCUUAGCGGAUGUUCAAGACCCACUCAUGGGCAUCUACGGGCCGACCUUCUACACGCCGGACAUGCAAAAUUGA